UAGUCCUUCCGGUUAACUAACCUCAAAAGUAACCAUUUCAGGUUAUGUAGGUUAUAUUGUGUAUGGUUCAAUCUGACACCACUGAUAACAACAAGACAAGUUACCACAAGUGCUUGCAGGAUCAUCAGUCAGUUCGGAUAAGGCACCACUAAUGAUUUUGGUGGAGUAUUUUACAUUGUUUUCUAAGAACGAUUAGUCAUGCUAACUCCAGUCAAGAAGCCUCCCGCACCAUUCUCAAAAAACGGGUGCAAUCACAUCCACAACCAAAAUUUUGUGAUACAUCAAAUCUUGUUAUCUGUUAAACCCAAAACACCAACAAAAUCAUCUAAAUCCAAAACACCUAAAAGUCUUGCUACUCCAACAUUUAAAAUAGCGCCUGUACCAAUACCUAAACACUUUGAUAAAUCAUAUAAAACUCCCAAAGCUUUAUUUCAACCAAUUGUUCUAGAGAAUAAAGGAGAGUUUGAAACAGUUGAUCUACAAAAUAACACAGAUGUUCAAUCAGUUGCUCUAGAGAAUAACAUGGAGAAAACAUCACAAUUAUCCCCAGAAAUGGUGGGUUGUCCAUCUAAGAGUCAUCCAGAUUCUCUAAGUUUCAAAAAAUUUUAUUGUCGAGUUUAUAAAGGUAAAAAGAGUUAAGAGUUUAGAAUGGCCACUCCAGUGAAGAGACUGACUGUCACAACUUCUCUACAACAUGCCACUCCUCGACAUUCACCAGCAGCAGCCAAGGCGUCACCUAGAACUCCUGUCACUUCAAACCCUACAUCUCCGUGCACACCAACAGCCUUCUCUCCUGUAGGAGUAGUUAAAAUUAACAGAGUAAGAUCUUCAACAGAACUGUGUUACAUGCAAAGAAGAUGCUGCCUGGAAAUAAAUGAAGCGGAAGGAGCUAUUGCAGGAUACCCAGACGAAUUUUCUUCUAAAAAUUCAUCUACGAGCCCUAUGGCUGGAAAUUCCAAGGUUUCUCCAUAUAGAGAAUUAAAAUAUCGUGUUUCACCUCAGAGAACCCGUCACUCAGUUGCGUUGGCACAGCUCCAGUACUCAGAUAAUAUGUAUGACACCGUUAACUGUAGAGUAUCUCCAAAAUUUUGGCCAGCAGAGUCCAGCCGUAGAAGUCUAAAUAUGGAGGAUCUACCUGAGUAAUUCAAGGAACUUACCUGCAAAUCAAUUCCGUCACCAUCUCAUGUUAACGGAUUUCACACAAUAGUUUCUCCUUGAUUUGUUUUAACCAUUUCAAAUGUUUGAUAAGCAACUAAAUACAUUUUAUCUUGCCACUUAGUAACUUUAACUUUGGUACACUGGACUUAGAUAUAUUUUAUUAGAGGACCCGAUUGUGUUUAUUACCGUAACAGCAAAUAAAGUAAUUGUAUGAUAGUUCUAUUGUUGCUUAUGGUCUGUAUUAGUCAAUAUUGUAUUAUCAAUUUGUGUAUUUUAUAUGCUUUAUGAUCUCAUCAUUUUGUUAUGUGGCCUCUCAAAGGUGUAUCGAUAAAGAAUGUGUUGUAUGAAUUAAGUUAUAUUAUAUUAUUAACCACGAUUGAUGUUACUUUUAAUGUUUAUGUGUAUUUCGAAUUCAAGCUUUUAAUAAAACAUUGUAUUAACUAA